AGUCAGGAGAUGGAGCCUGUGCUCAGUGCUGCUGUUGAUAAUGGUGUGAACAGUAGCGUCUUAGUGGUUGCUUUCAUCAUUCCCUCCCUUAAGCUCAGGUCAUUGGGUGUGGCAAGGGGCUUGAGGAGGGUGGCACCAACAGGGCUCAGGAGGAGAUGCUGAGGAGGCCACCUGAAGUCAGAGGCACGGGCGAGCCAGGUUUGGGUGCCAAGGAUUUGCCCUCAACAGCCCUGGGGUUACAGCUACGUAGUUCUGGGCCUGUAGCACCUUCAAUGGCAGGACAGGAAGAUAAGAGGGUCAGUGACAGUGGCAGACACAGGAAGAGAGAUGAGGAAAAUCAAGAAUUUCACUCUGUAGCAAAGCCAGCACACUUGGCUGUGAAGUCACAGCUGCAUCCACGUGCUCUCCCCAUUGAGGGUUCCCCUAGGACUCUGUGACCUCUGUCAGCACUGACCACACACUGUGCUCUGGGUGCCUUUCUUUGGCUGUCUCCCUCCUAUUCUGUGAUCUGGAUGCUCAGUGACGGGCCCCAUUGACCUGUGACAAAGGCAAGCAGUGCAUCCUCAUGUUCAGUGGGGUUUCAGGACACAUGGGGGACAUCUAGGGCGGGUGAGGUCCAAGCUAGAGGGCCUGAAGGACUGUGCUGUGAUAAACUGUGUUUAGGUCCAGAGAGCCCGAGGAAGAUGAAGUUUGCCUGCCUCUCCUUCCGGCAGCCUUAUGCUGGUUUUGUCUUAAAUGGAAUCAAGACCCUGGAGACAAGAUGGUGUCCUGUGCUGAGCAGCCAUCAGAAACGCACCAUCGCCAUCCACAUUGCUCACAAGGACUGGGAAGAUGAUUCUUGGCGGGAACUGCUGGUGGAGAGACUGGGGAUGAACCUGAUGCAGAUUCAGGCUUUACUACAGGAAGGAGAACGAUACGGCAGAGGAGUGAUAGCUGGUAAGUAAUGGCGUGCAGAAUACAAUGUAGGCCACGCAGAGUGGAGUCGGCAGCUUGCUGCUCAGUAAGUCGGUGUCUCUGUUUUGCUGUGAGCCAGAGGGGAGUGUGCCGAAGUUUCACUAUGUAGCAGUUCUUCUAAGGGUCACCAAAGGAACUGAGCUGGGGUGCAUAGGCCUGGAUCUCACAGACUUGAUUAGUUACUUCUCCACUCUGGGCCUAUCGUCCUGUUUGUAGUCUGAGAGUCCAUGUCAGCAAAGUGUCUGCAUGUGGCACUGGACUAUGUAUGUGUCUGUGUGUGUGUGCAAACAUCAUAGCCCAUGACAGGAAGCACAGACACGAGCUAGUAAAGUGAUCUCGGAGUCAAGCCACCUACCUGCUCUCUCAUGCCUGUCACAUCCACAGGGCAUGGAGGACCUCAGGUA